UUUUGCAUCGUACGGCUGCCCCCAAGCGAUUUAACCAUAUACAAGAUGAUCCUCACGCAGUGCGCCGUCUGCGCCACCGAGCUUGGGCUAACCUUGGGCAAGAAAUGCGGCCGCUGCAGCACGCGCUACUGCGGAGCCGAAUGCCAGGUGCAGCACUGGAAAGAAGGCGGCCACGACAAGCUCUGCAAGAAGAUAAAAAAAGCGGGCGGCGCGGAACAAUACAACGCAAAUACCAAGUACGCGGAGGCUGUCGCGGUCGCGGUCGAGAAGUGCGCCGACGACACGAAGGGCCAGACCUGCUACAUCUGCACCCAAGCCCUCCACUGGAAAACGAAGGAGGGUCUCGUGCGCGGGUGCUCGUGCCGCGGGACGGCAGGAUUUGCGCAUGUUUCGUGCCUGGCGGAGCAGGCGAAGAUUUUGUUCGCGGAGGCCGAGGAGAAUAAUUUGGACAACAAGGUGUUGGAUGAGAGGUGGCGCCGGUGGGACACGUGCAGUUUGUGCGAGCAAGACUACCACGGCGUCGUGCGGGGCGCGCUCGCGUGGGCGUGCUGGAAAACGUACCUGGGCCGGCCGGAGACAAAUCAGGUUCGAAACAUGACGAUGUCGAUACUUGGGAACGGUUUAUUCAAGGCGGGCCACCUCGAGGAUGCGUUGUCCGUGUAUGAGUCCCGGUUGUCUUUGGUGCGGCGCAAUGGUAAGUCAGAAGUCGCCAUUCUCGUCGCGCAGAGCAAUAUUUCGAGCACGUAUGAGGUACUGGGACGGUAUGACGAGGCCGUUCUAAUUAAGCGAGACGUGUACUUUGGACGUUUGAGGCUCGGCGGCGAAGAACAUGAAGAGACCCUCCGAGCGGCCAACAACUACGCGUCGUCCCUUGCCCGGCUACAGCGCUUCGGAGAAGCCAGGUCGCUGGUGCGCAGAACGAUGCCCUUGGUGCGACGCGUUCUCGGAGAAGGGCAUAGACUCACGCUCAAGAUGAGGUGGCUUUACGCGCAGACGAUCUACGCGGACCCCGCCGCCACGCUUGACGAUCUCCGCAAGGCCGUGACGACGCUCGAGGACGUGGAACGGACCGCGCGGCGCGUGUUAGGUGGCGCGCACCCGCUCACAGUGGACAUUGAGGCUGAAAUACGAGACGCGCGAACCAUCCUUGUAAGAAAAACCAUAAGUUAAGAUACCCCCUA